GUGACUUCCGGGUAAUUAGAUUAUUGAUAAAAUAAUGACAUCAAAGAGUAUUUUUAAACACUGAUCCUCUUUACUUCUAUCAAUUAACAUAUUUAUUCAGAGAACCGCCAUUAUCUACCGAUAAGGAAUGAUUGAGACUGUGUGAAAAACUCUAGGGACAAGGAACAGACGGUAUAUUGUUAGGGCAGGAUGAAGUUUAAGACAGUGAGAGAGGGAGAACAAGCUUUAGUUUAUAACCACCUUGGUCAAAGUGAACUUAUUGUUGGGCCUCAAAGGGUGUUUUUAUAUCGUAAGAGAUUUGAACAGUUAGUAAAAUUUACAGCAGAGCCUAAUGAAUAUUUGGUAUUAAAGACAUUAGAUGGUACAAUCAAACACAAAAAAGGACCAUGUGAAGUAUUCUCUAAUCCACAAGUAUAUGAACGAGUAUAUAAACAGAAAGCAACCAAAGUUGACUCUAACCAUAUUGUAAUUGUCUAUAAACGUCAGAAAGAAGGUGGGGUCGAUAGGAGAAUCAUACAAGGACCCUGUUUAUUUGUACCUCAAGCUGAAGAGUGGUUACAUGAGUUUAAAUGGCAUGGUAGUGAUCCUGAAAAUAAAGCUAGAUUGAUAGCUAAAGGCAGUGUCUUCUCUCAGUUACAGAAUAUACCUGGUCACUUCUAUUAUGAUGUAAGAGAAGUAAGAACUAUAGAUGAUACUAUGAUUAUAGUUAAACUAAUGUUAUUUUAUGAAUUAGAAGAUAUCAUUAAAAUGUUAGAAAGCAGUCAUGAUCCAAUAGCUGAUAUGAUGAAUGCAGUAUGUUCUGAUGUUAUUGCAUUUGCCGGAAAAUUGAAUUUUGAACAGUUUGUUAAUCAGACAGCUAGUCUUAGUGAUUUAAAAAGUUAUUCACAGUUAUUACAACGUGCUGAGAAAAUAGGAUUUAACAUACAGAAAGUUGUAUUUAGAGGAUAUCAUUCUAGUGACAGGCUACAGGAGAUGCAGAAUAAUGCUAUUGAAUCUCGUACUAAAUUAAGAUUAGAUGGUGAAAUACAACAACAAGAACAACUAUUAAUAGAUUUUAAACUGAAGAAACAGCAGUCACGUAGCCAUCUUAAAAAUGAAAUAGAUAAAAUGAGACAAGACCAUAAACAUAAAUUAGAUGCCUUAAAACAAUCACAUGAACAAAAACUACGUGAGUUAAAAACAGUACAGAACAUACAGUUAGAAUCAGAAAAUACACGAGCUAAAAUAGAAAUGAAAGACUUAGAAGAUAAACAAGAAAUACAAUACUUAUCUUCUUUACAUUCUUUAAACGUUAACUUAACUCAAAUAUUGUCUUCUCAACCAAUCAAAGAAGAGAUCAGAAUACUUCAUCCACCAGGCAGCCAUCUUGGAAAAUCACCAAGGAAAAAUUCCCCACCUAUUGUAUCUGAUUUAUAA